GUGAAUUGGUAAAACUUACUCGAUCCACUGAUAGGGUAAUUAUUACAUGGCUGAUGGCACUACUAAGGCGGGGCUUCACCCACCCUUUCUUUAUGAUGGCAAUUACGCAGGCUCGGAUACGUUGGCCCGCAGAAUAGUUUGGCCUGUGCUGAAUAAGGUUGCAACGUCUCGGGCUGCGGGUCCUCCAACAAAAAGAAACAAGAAGAGACAAGCCUGGGAUGCAGAAGUAUCUUCCCCAGAUAACAAAAUGAGCCAAUAUUGUUCUUCAAAAGUUUGAAGAUACUUUAGCACCACUAAUCAUGGUUCUCUCUCCUCCGCUUCCCUACAUAUAUCAGCAACCUUUUCUUUAAUCAAAUUAAUUGACUUCUAAGCCCCACAGUCUUAAACAAUGGGCAAGAAACCAGCGUAUACGAAUGGAAGGCAUCGUGAAAAGAAUAUUUGAGUUUAGCGGUAUCUUUCUUUUUAAUUAUUUUUUCCUAUUUAACUCCAAUUCGAAUAGCUCCAUGCUUUCAGCUCCAAAAGACAUGCAGACGCAUCCAAGAACGAGUUUAAUUCAUUUCCCGGACGCAAAACCAUUCCCCAUCUUACUUGUACCACUGAAACCCCAUGGAGCAGUAAGUCCAGAAGAGGGUGCUGGGAAUUACCAUUACCAAUCACCACCCCCAAAUGUUAAUUUCCUCCUCCACUCCACGUUCCAUUGGUUAUUUGAACUGACAAACUUCUCGACUAAUUAGCCCCUUUUGUCUUGUUGUUGUAUUUUAAUAUCAUGGAAUUAACCCUUGACCAAUUCCGCUGCAAAGCAAUGAAGCAUCCGCCCGCCAGUUUCAAUACAAAGCCCACCCUUCCCACGUCCUCGUACCUAUGUGAAACGCCAGCCCUCCCUUCCUCCAGUCCCUCACCACUGAUCACCAUGCCUCCCCUCUCCGAUGAGUCUCACCCUCACCACACCCUCCGCCUCCACCACCCUCGCCACUUCGACUUCGAGUCCAUCCGUGAGGUCCCAGACUCGCACGCAUGGCCCGACCUCCAUGACCACCCGUCCGUCGAGCCGUCCGGGCCCGACUCCGUGCCCGUGGUCGACCUCGACAGCCCCGACGCCGUUCUGCUCGUCGGCAGGGCUUGCCAGGAAUGGGGCGUGUUCCAGGUCACCGGCCAUGGCAUCCCUACGGACCUCCUAGACCGCCUCGAGUCCCAAAUCCGGCGACUCUUCUCCCUUCCCACCCACCAGAAGCUCAAGGCCGCUCGCUCUCCCGGUGACAUCGCAGGCUACGGGCUCGCCCCCAUCUCUUCUUUCUUCCCCAAACUCAUGUGGUCUGAGGGCUUCACCAUCGCUGGCUCCCCUUUCGAGCAUGCUCGCAAGCUCUUGCCCAAGGAAUACUGCGCUGAAUUCUGGGUAGCGCACGAUAAAAAGGUCCGAGUCCGAUCCACUUGCAUGUUUUCAUGGCAGCAACGUAAUAGAAGAAUACAACAAGGUGGCGAAGGAGCUGGCCGGAAGGUUGAUGCACCUGAUGCUUCUUUCCCUGGGCCUCACGGAGGAGGAUAUCAGUUGGGCCGGCCCCAUAAGAGACUCGGGAGACCUAUCCGCCGUGAUACAGCUCAACUCCUAUCCGGCCUGCCCCGAGCCAGACCGUGCCCUGGGCCUCGCCGCCCACACCGACUCCAGCCUCCUCACCGUGCUUUACCAGAGCGGCACGAGCGGGCUCCAAGUCCUACGGCCCGACCCGGCCAGGUGGGUCACGGUGCCUCCCCUUCCCGGCGUCCUCAUCGUCCACGUCGGCGACCUCUCUCACAUCCUCUCCAACGGCCACUUCCGAAGCGUCCUGCACCGGGCCAUCGUCAACCGGAGGCACCACCGUCUCUCCGCGGCGUACAUAUGCGGCCCCCCGGCCCAUGUCAAAGUGUCGCCCAUCGACAUGCUCCUCGGCCCAAGCCAGGGCCCGGCCUACCGGGCGGUGACAUGGCCGGAGUACCUGGCCCUCAAGGGGAAGCUCUUCAACAAGGCUCUCGCUUCGAUAAAACUUAGCAGAGAGCAAUGGGAGGAUCGCAGCAACUAACGAUAUCUACCGCCUUCUAAUACUGGUCGGUUUUGAUUUGAGGAUGAUCGCGUAUUCAUGUCCGGCCGGGAAGCAAAUGGCUAAGCCAUCAUAAUUCAUAAGACUAGGAGUGAGAGCAUUGAAAUUGUGGAAAGAGGACUUGAGAGUGAAUUAGUUCCUUGCUGUCAACUGUGUCAGCUUCGGAAGACGAUGUGGCCAGCGAGGCCAAGGAGGGAGCUAAGGAUCAAAUCAAGUCAGAUCAGAUGAGUGAGGACAAGGAGCGCGUGCAAACAAAACGUCACUGUUCGUAUACUGUCUUUGGCUCUUUGAGAAAAGGUGGGAAAGUUUAAAAGAAAGGUAAGAGAUUUGGAAGGAUUUCCAUUUCAAACUAUAGCGCUAGAGUACAGCGGAAGCGACGUGUGUGGCAUGGUCGCGCACACGUAAUGCGAUUCUCUUUUCGAUGAAAGGAGACAAAACUUUUCUUGAAAUGUAGGAUAUAUUUUCCUUUGGACUGAUGCACAAGAAAGAAACGUCCUGGAUUAAUAAAUUAGCAAACGUUUAAGGAAUGGGGUGGGCAUCGUGAGGAAGAAA